AUGUUCACGGGUAAAUUCGUUGUCGAAAAUCUUAAACAAUAUGUUACCGCUUCGAGCAUUUGUGUUAUUGCAGAAGGUGAACGUGAUCAUGAGUUUGAAGCCAGUGAAAUCCCACUUUGCGCUGCGUAUUACCAAUAUAACCCAUAUACUAAUUCAAGAAAUGUUCAAAUGAAAUUGAGAUUAUUCUACCCUACAAACGCGCAGCGAUUUUUAUAUCUACAUGCUAAUAAUAGCAUUAAACCAGCCAGAACAUUCAUUGCGUCCGGUUUUAUCAGAUGUGUAACCUCAGAGUUUACCAUAGUUGAGGUUACAGACAUCGACUUUGUAACCACUAUUAAUACAGCUCAGAACGUGCAAAGUGGCUCUUCAUCAGUCGCUUCAGGUCAUUGCUCAGAUAUUGACCUUAUAGCUGAAGAUGUAGAUGUCGAAUCUAUUGCUUCGCGAGCACCCAAAAGGCCCCGAAUAUUAACAUCGAGAUCUUCUAAAAAAGAUACUAACUCAUCCCCUACUGUUCAAAACCGGAAAGGUAAAGGUAAAUUGUCUGAUUUGGCUUUGAAUUGUUUAGAGCCGGUUGUUAUGGAUAACGUCCAAGAUAGAAGAGUCCAUAUAGAAAACGCUUCAAAUGAUGAUGAUUUAGAAUUUUUGGGUGAACAAGAAUUCGAAAAAGAACAAGAAGUUGAAAAAAAACAAGAAAAAAAAAAAGAAACCAAAAGCACUUCAAAUAAAAGAUCUUCAAAAAAGAAAAAUUAA